GAUUUUGAUUUUUUAUUUCCCCACUUAACCAACCAUUUGCCCUAAAGACAGAUGUCCAUUUCCUCUCUAUGAACAGCCUACACACCAUGCUACCCCUCGAUCUAUGAACACUGUCUCUAAAACCUCUUAACUUCUCAAUCUUGGGUGCUAAUCUUGACAUGCAUCACAUUAAAAUCCAUUCUUUAUGAGAUUUUUCUAAGUUCCAUUAACAAAAAGAAUAUUGAUUAAGAGGGAUUUUUCAAUGGCUGAUUACAAAAGCUUUGAAUGUGCAGCACCAGAACUUCUCUGCAAUGAAGAAACCAAAAGUGCGUUCGAUGAUGAUGACGAUUUUUCGGAUCCUUCCAUUGAUUUGAUGAUUGAGAAAGAACAGGAAUAUUUGCCUAAAAAUGAUUAUCUCAGAAAACUGAGAAGUGGGGAGCUGGAUAUGAGUUUAAGAAAAGAUGCAUUUGAAUGGAUUUCCAAGGCUCAUGCUGAGUACAACUUUGGAGCAAUUUGCUUCUGUUUGGCUAUGAAUUACUUGGACAGAUUUUUAUCUGUUUAUGACUUGCCAAGAGGUAAAACAUGGGCAAUUCAAUUGGUGGCUGUGGCUUGUUUAUCUAUAGCAGCCAAGAUGGAGGAGAUUGAAGUUCCUUCCACUGUGGACUUACAGGUGGGGAAACCAAAAUUUGUGUUUGAAGGGAGAACCAUACGAAGAUUGGAGCUUUUGAUAUUGAGCAUCUUGAAAUGGAAAAUGCUAGCUUAUACUCCAUGCAAUUUCAUUGACUAUUUCCUUAAGAAGAUCAAUGAUGAUAAACUUCCAUCAGGGCCAUUGAUUACUAGAUCAAUUGAACUCGUCAUGAAUACAAUCAAAGGUAUUGAUUUCUUGGAAUUCAGGCCUUCUGAAAUAGCUGCAGCAGUGGCAAUGUAUGUUUCAGGGGAAAUACAAGCAAUGAACAUUGAUAAGGCACUAUCUGGUUCCACUGGAGUAGUAAAGGAAAGAGUGGUAAAGUGUCUUGAGCUGAUUCAAGAUUUGACUACAACUAGUGUGACAAGUGCUGCUAGUAAUGUGCCACAAAGUCCCAAUGGGGUGUUGGAGGUUGCAUGCUUGAGCUACAAAAGUGAUGAAAAUACAGUUGGGUCAUGUUCAAACUCUUCACACACUAAAAGGAGAAAAUUGGACCAACCAAAUUCCGAAAGUGGUGAAUUCAAGUGAAAUAUAUAUUUUCUUUUACACCCCAAUAAGUCCAAAAUCAGUUUUAGCGAAUGAGACUUGAAAAAAAGUGCCCAUUGAAAAACAGAGAAUUUGAUGGGUUGAAAAAAAAAAGCAAGGGGGUCCCAUGCUUUGAGCAUGAAAAGAAAUGCUCUUAGCUGUCAAUGAUCAGACUUGUCAAUAAACACAGUAAUUAUAGGAUGGUGGAGAGAACAUUUUUUGGGAAUUAGAGCCACAUUUUGUUUUUGUGGUGAAAAGGGAAAAAUUGAAAAAGAAAAAUGAGAAUGAAGCUAUGGAAUUCAAGUUGAUUUCAAUUUUUCUAUAUUUGAUUGAAUUCCUAUAGAUAGCAUGUUUUCCCUUUCCUUAAAGUGGACUCAAUGGGUACUAAAUAAGAGCACUAUGGUUCUCUCUUUCUCAGCGUUUAUAAUGAUACUCGUGUUAUAGCGUGUUUAGCAUGUUGAAUUGCAUAAAAUAUAACAUCAUAAUUGACAAAUGUUAUAUUAUGCAUUUUUUUUCUUUUA